AUGGCUGAGCCCGGACGCUCGCUCUCCGCCACACUUCCGCCGCACGCCGGCUCCGCAGGGCUCCGCCCCCAGCCCCCGCAGGGCUCCGCCCCCAGCCCCCGCCGGCCAAUCGCGGCUCGGGGGCGGGCCCUGGACUAUAUAAGGAGGCUAGGCCCUGGCGCCGGUCUUUCCGCGCGCGCUGUGCGGGUCUGCGGACGCCUUCCUUGGACCAGGAGCUGUCAAACCCCGCGCUCUGUUCCCUUUUGCGUGGUAACCAAUAAAGGCUCUCUGGCCGGUAGCUGCCUGGCGGACCGCUGCCUCUGGGAUCGGUUCCAUGCCCAGCUGCGUCCCGGCAGCGCCCCUACCUUCGACUGGUUCUUUGGAUAUGAGCAAGUCCAGGGACUGCUACUGCCGCUGCUGCAGGAGGCACGGGCUGCCGGUCCACUGCGGGUGCUGGACGUGGGCUGUGGGACCUCGGGCUUGUGUACAGGCCUCUACACCAGCUCCCCACACCCUGUGGACGUGCUGGGAGUGGACUUCUCUCCCGUCGCCGUGGCUCACAUGAACAGCCUCCUGGAGGGGAGCCAAGGCCAAACACCGCUGUGCCCUGGGCAUCCCGCUUCCCGGCUGCACUUCAUGCAGGCUGAUGCUCAGAACCUGGGUCCUGUGGCUGCGUCGGGCUCCUUCCAGCUAGUGCUGGACAAGGGCACUUGGGAUGCUGUUGCCCGAGGUGGUCUGCCUGGCGCUUACCGGCUGCUCUCAGAAUGCUUGAGGGUCCUGAGCCCGCAGGGGACCCUGAUUCAGUUUUCAGAUGAGGACCCGGAUGUGCGGCUGCCCUGCCUGGAGCAAGGGUCCCGCGGUUGCAAUGUGACUGUGCAGGAGCUUGGCCCUUUCAGGGGCAUUACCUACUUUGCGUACUUGGUUCAAGGCGCUCAUUAAAAACACUUGCGUUUUGA